AUGGCAGCCGUCGCAGCACCAGCUGGUGAACAAGUUGACUUGUCAACCAUCCCAAUCUCACCUGAAGGCGCCAGCAAUUCGAACGAGAACACCAAACCAGCUACCGAUGGCGAACAAAUUACCGUCUUUCAUGACAAAGAUAACUUCAAUGUUAAGCAUCCUUUGAUGAACAAAUGGACUUUGUGGUUUACAAAGCCACCUAGUGGAAAGGGUGAUAACUGGAAUGAUCUUUUGAAGGAAGUUAUCACAUUCAACUCCGUCGAGGAAUUCUGGGGUGUCUAUAACAACAUUGCACCAACUUCUGAACUCGCUCUCAAGUCCGAUUACCAUCUUUUCAAGGAAGGAGUUCGACCAGAAUGGGAGGAUCAACAAAACAAACAUGGAGGAAAGUGGUCAUAUCAAUUCAAGGAGAAGCGCAACGUCCCCAUUGACGAACUAUGGCUUCAUGUCAUGUUAGCAGCUAUUGGAGAGACUCUCGAGGAAGAGGAUGAUGGAGAGGUGAUGGGUGUCGUUGUCAACGUGAGAAAAGGAUUCUACCGUGUUGGUGUAUGGACUCGCACAAUCGGCAAGAGUAUUCCGGGAGGUGGAGAUGGUGAUGUCGCUGGAGGCAAGGGAAGAUCCACCGAAAAAGGAAAAGAGAUCUUGAUGAACAUCGGCAAAAAGUUCAAGGAAGUCUUGAAGCUCCCAGCAUCAGAGCCAGUCGAAUUUUCUGGUCACACCGAUAGUGCACACAGCGGCAGCACUCGUGCCAAGGCCAAGUAUUCAGUCUAG